UUCAGGUGCUGCUGUCUGGACUGAUAGGAGUGGUGUCAUGGAAGAGGCCUCUCUCUCUGGUGAUCACCUUCUUCAUGCUGCUGUCGGCGGUGUGUGUGAUGCUCAACCUGGCUGGUUCCAUCCUGUCCUGCCAGAACGCCCAGUUGGUCAACUCUCUGGAGGACUGUCAGCUGAUAAAGUUUGACAGUGACGGUGUGUGUGUGUGCUGUGAGCUGCAGCACCAGAGCUCCAGCUGCAACAACCUGGGAGAGACGCUCAAACUGAAUCCACUGAGCGACUGCAAUACCAUACGCCAACACCUCAAGGAGCUCCUGUUUAGUGUGUGUGCCCUGAAUGUCAUCUCCACCAUCGUCUGUGCCCUGGCCACUGCUAUGUGCUGCAUGCAGAUGGUCUCCACUGAUGUGCUACAGAUCUUCAUGCCACACAGAGCACGAGCCCUGAGCGCUGACUGCAUGACCCCCCACGGCACCAUCCUGCACCAGACCCUUGACUUUGACGAGUUCAUCCCACCCAUCCCUCCACCACCCUACUACCCCCCAGAGUACACCUGCACCCCGGUGAUGGACGGACAGAGAAGUCUACAUCUGGACUUCCCACACUCCCCGUUCAGUGCCAUCUAUGGAGUGCCCAUCAACAGCCCUGGGACCCUCUACCCCUCUGAGUUGCCCCCGUCAUAUGAGUCUGUGGUGGGGCUGGGGAUGGGGCAGACCCCUGCCAGUCAGGUCACUACCAGCAUUGAUCAGCAGGCCACUGAGUCCAGCCUCUGUGAGAGAAACACCACAGCUGGUCUCAGUACUCAGGCCUCUGUGGACAGUGCCUCUCUAAUGGUAUCAGAGGAGGUGGCAGAAAUUCCAGACCACAGUUGCUCUUCAGAGGAUCUCUGUUCCCUGGAGGUGCAGGGCUCUGACUCCUCUCCCUACGGCACGCUGCACACCGCCCCGACUGAUGGCAGCUGUAUCAGUCUAGAGCUCAGUGCCCGCUUCUCCCACCGCCAUCAUGGCCCGGCCCGGCUCAACGACACUGGCUACAGCGAUUCCUCCCACAACCAGGACUCCAUUCCCCGCUCUCCAAACUGGUCCAUAGAGAACAUCAACACACUGGAGCACGAGGAGGCCAAGGGAGGAGCAACGCUACACACACACCUCAGAGAACGAGCCAGUAGGAAGCAGCUGAUUCUUCAUGUUCCUCCAACUCCUCCCUCCCUGCCCUCUGCCUCCACCUCUGCAUCCACAGCCUCCGUAGAGGCAGCCUCAGCAGCCCAGAGCCUCCCUACCUGCCCCUCCCCGUCCCCCCCUGCCCGGCCCCGUGGCUCCCGGCUGUGCUUCAGUGUGUGGUCCCCAUCCUCCUCUUCCUCCUCCCCGGCCUCGCAGCCCCCUUCUACCUCUGCGCCCGCAGAGCGACCCCGCAUGCUCCGGUCUGGCAGGCGGUAUCUCAAGCUGGCUCGAAUCGUACGCUCCACCAGCGACCCUAUCUCCUGUACCUCCAUAUCUGGAAGUGACAGCUGUGGCUGCCCCUCUGCAAGCAACCCUCCUCCUGAAGAUUCUCCUCAGACUUCACCAGAGCAAGAGUCUACAGAGGUGUCAGCUUCUCUCCACACUGCUGCCAAAGUCAGCACCUGCAGUGGCAGGAAGCAGAAGGAGGGGAGGAAAGUGGACAUCCGCCUCAAACCACGAGCCCUGCACACGGUCUCCAAUGAGCGCCCACACUCUCUGGCUGACCUCAAGACGUAUAAAGACACCAAAAUCCUGGUGGCCAAAUUCCUGGAGCACUCCAACUGUAGUUUACCUCCAGAAGUCCAGCAAGUGGUCAACAGCAUCAAGUAUGUCAUCAAGUCUGACGAGAGACACAUGGAGGAAGCUAUAUUCAGUGCCAAUGUCAUAGAUCAGGUGAUGACACAGUCACAACGCAUCAUCGGCAGCCCAAGGAAGCGUGCCCAUGAAGACCUGCACCUCCAAAGCUGUGGGGCCUUGAGUUCCCCUUCCUCAUCCCUGCGCCGUCCACCUACAGCACCAGGGCCUCCCAACCCCCCUGCUCCCCUGGACUCCUCUCCCUCACCCUCUGAACGCACUCAAAGCCUUUUGUGUAGAGAGACCAUCCUUUGACCGCCUUCCCUCCCCACCAAGGACUCAACCCCUAUCUCUAUCUCAUAGUGCCCUGUGAGACCGUGCCAAGACAUCAGCAGAAACAGACUCAGCAAGUCAUGUCUGGAGUGGAUUGGCUUCUGUUCUCUCUCAUAUCAAAAACACCAGAAUGUUCUCUUCUCCCUCAGGGGAUUUUUUAACAGUCUUAACCCUGUAAAAUACACUUGUAAGCCAACUAAAUGGAGAUGUCAUGAUGAAAAACUAGUGCUCUACUUUAUCAAAAGGAAAAAAACAACUUUGUAUUAAAACUGUGAACUGGACAGACUUGGGAUGGUACUAGCUCCUGCAGACUUUGUGGAUUCUAACUCUGAUUGGCUGUGUGCCACUGUGUGCCACUGCAGGACAGAGAACUUGACAGAAGUGGAUUAUUUAACUUACCUCAAUGUGUUACCAUUCUUAUCAGUGUUACAA